AUGGCAAUCUCAGAGAAGACGUUGCUGAAGAGAGGGCAUAAACGCAAAAUGGCUUGCUGGCAUAAUACCAAAAGCCUUCCAUGGAAAGACGAAUAUGGCGUGGUGAAUAUGCCGGAGAAGAAGUCCAUGUUCAAAUCGGCAAAAGUUAUUGCUAAUCGAAUUUAUAGCUUGGUGCAUAAGGACAAGACCUGGUAUCAAAAGUUCGCGAAAUCGAGUGCGAGAUGGGCCGAGUCUUCCGUGGGACUAAAGGAAAGAUCGAUGAUGCGUAUGAUUCUCUACCAUCUUCGCAAAUUGUUCAAAUUGAAAGGAGCGCGAAAAGAAGGCGUCGUCGGGGUAAAUCAGCAAUGA